AUGGCGGAACAAAUGAAACGACUACGGAAAGAACUACGGAAACUGAAAGAUGGGAUAUCGCCUCUUAAGGGAUCUGGACAUCGGCAUGCAGUUACGCGCAAUCUGUAUGCAGAACAUCAGAGUACUCUUUUUAGAGGUCCCUCUACAAUGUCAUCAGGUACUAGAAGAUGGUCUAAGGUUUCUAACGAAGAAAUUGAUGAUUGGGUUGUGACAGAUGACGUACCUGGCGGGCCAUGUGAUAGGUCAGUGAUUCCUAGUUUUCUUGGCCACACUGCUUAUCAGUUGUGGAAUGGAGAACCAAAAGAUUACCUGACGAUAAAGCCAGCGAAGAAGAGUUUGUCUAGAUUGCAUGGAUGGUAUGCGAGGUUGCCGGAGAACGCACAGUUGUAG